GUCAUCUUUCUUUAUCCACUGUCUUGCCAUCCCCCGUCACCAGAUACGAGCCUACGCCGUGACCAUAUUACAGGCCAUCAUGCCAUUUCAAGUUUCUGAUACGGACGUCGCCGAGACCGCACAUACACGUGCCACUCUCGGUAAAUUCGACAAUCCUGACGAGGAUUGGACCAAGAUUUCCGAUCUUGCAGAGCGUCGCAGGAUCCAAAACCGUAUUGCCCAACGCAACUACCGCAAAAAGCUGAAGCGUAAAGCAGAAAAUACCGCAACAUGCAUCAGUCCCAAUCGUUUAAAGUCAAACCCGAAGUCCCCAACCAAGAUGCAGAAGAGGCGUCCCUCCGUAGGGUUCAUUAAGCAGCCCAAUUGCUCUUCUCAACUGCACGCCGACAACGAGUAUCGAUUACAGCAAUUCCCCCUUGACUUCUGCGAAAGUUCAAGUGCCGGCGCCACUCCAAUUUGGAUCAAUCCAGUUGAUUCUUCAUUCGAUCAUCCAAUCAAUCCCUCUUCUGGUCACGGACAGUUGCUCGACUCCACAGCCUCCGCGCCAUACCCGCAUGACCUCAUAGCAGCAGUUCCGGCCACGCUGCACUCAACAAACCACUUUGACGACAGAGCAGAGCAGACGUUUGACGCUUGUUGUGGCCUCUGCUCACGCUUUACAGACACCAGCUGUAGUCCUCCUUUCAGUAUAAGUACACAGGAUUCUUAGUACUCUUCAUCGCCCGAACCGGCUUAUUAGUUGGGACUGUGGGUGAAGAGGACGAACCGGCUCGAGCAGGAUUCAUCUGAGACCGGAGUCUUUGGCGCAAGACUCUGAUCUUGAGUUCUC